AGAAUACUUAAACGUCAGGAUAUUAACCAAUGAACGCUUACGUCGUUGACAGCAAAAAUUGCGUUCUUUGUGUUGUGAAGCGGAGUAGCUUCCAAACAAACCUAAUGUAUUUUUUUUGAAAAACUGAAAAGUCAGGAUGAAGGUAGUCAAUCUUAAGCAAGCCAUUCUGCAGGCGUGGAAGGAACGAUGGAGUGACUACCAAUGGGCCAUAAACAUCAAGAAAAACUUUCCGAAGGGGGCAACAUGGGACUAUCUUAAUCUUGCAGAGGCCCUGAUGGAGCAAGCGAUGAUUGGUCCUUCCCCGAACCCCCUUAUUUUGUCGUACUUAAAAUAUGCCAUAAGUUCCCAGAUGGUGUCUUAUUCUAGUGUGCUUACAGCCAUCAGCAAGUUUGAUGAUUUUUCCCGGGAGCUGUGCAUCAAAUCGCUGUUGGAGAUCAUGAACAUGUUUUGCCAUCGUCUCAGCUGUCACGGGAAAGCAGAGGAAUGCAUUGGGCUGUGUCGGGCUCUGCUGGGAGUGGUAGUGUGGCUGCUGCAGGGCUGUGCCUGGUACUGCGAGAGGCUGAGAGAACUGGGUCCGUCAGCCAGCACAGAGGCCAGUCUGAGAACGUGCCAGGAGAGGCUUCACACUCUAAUGAAUAGCACCAAGAACAGAGCCCUGGUCCACAUUGCUCAGUUGGAGGAACCAGGUUCCUGGAGUAAUAUCGAGCAGUUGGUGUUGAAAGUGACGGACGGCCUUGGCAGUGUACCUAACCAGACACUGAGAACUAAAUUAGAGGAGAGUUUGUCCCUAGUAACAGGUAUUCCCAUGAUGUUAUCUGUGCAGUGUGACCCGCCAAUCCAUGCGUCCUUCCCAUCAGUCCAUGCCUUCAUCAUGCUGGAAGGGACCAUGAAUCUCACAGGGGAGACACAGCCACUGGUGGAGCAACUGAUGAUGAUAAAGAGGAUGCAGCGGAUCCCUUCUCCUCUUUUUGUCUUGGAGAUCUGGAAGGCCUGCUUCACCGGCCUCAUUGAGUCACCAGAGGGCACAGAGGAGCUCAAAUGGACUGCCUUCACAUUCCUCAAGAUUCCACAAGUUCUGCUCCGACUGAAGAAGUAUCCUCAUGGUGACAAAGGACGGGACUUCAUGGAGGAUGUGAAUAUUGCAUUUCAGUACUUACUCAAACUCACCCCACUGCUGGACAAAGCAGAUCAGAGAUGCAAUUGUGACUGCCUUGGCAUGCUCCUACAAGAGUGUAACAAACUCGGUCUCCUGUCGGAGUCAAAUACAGCCUGCCUCACUUCAAAACGGACCGAGGACAGAGAGUUUGCCCCAAGGCUAAAGACAGCAGAAAAUGCCAACAUCCAACCUAACCCAGGUCUCAUCCUGAGAGCAGAGCCCACUGUCACCAAUAUUCUCAAGACCGUUGAUGCAGACCACUCCAAGUCCCCCGAGGGCCUUUUGGGGGUCCUUGGACACAUGUUGUCUGGAAAGAGCCUAGAUCUCCUCUUGGCUGCAGCAGCAGCCACUGGGAAACUCAAAUCCUUUGCCAGGAAGUUCAUUAAGCUUAAUGAGUUUCCCAAGCACAUCAGCGGUGAAGGAUCCAAGUCUGCUUCAGUACGGGCCCUGCUCUUCGACAUCUCCUUCCUUAUGCUCUGUCAUGUGGUGCAGACAUAUGGUUCCGAGGUGAUCCUCUCAGACCCUAGCCCAUCAGGGGAGACGCCCUUCUUUGAAACAUGGCUGCAGACAUGUAUGCCCGAGGAAGGCAAGACGCUGAACCCAGACCACCCCUGCUUCAGACCUGAGCCUGGCAAAGUUGAGAGUCUUGUCACCCUGCUGAACAACUCCUCAGAGAUGAAACUAGUUCAGGUGAAAUGGCAUGAAAUCUGCCUCAGCACUCCAGCCGCCAUCUUGGAAGUUCUGAAUGCGUGGGAGAAUGGUGUUCUUUCUGUGGAAGCAGUGCAGAAAAUCACUGACAACAUCAAGGGUAAGGUGUGCAGUAUGGCGAUCUGUGCGGUGGCGUGGCUGGUGGCCCAUGUCAGGAUGCUGGGGAGGGAUGAGAGGGAGAAGCCCCAGACUAUGAUCCGACAGCUUGUAACCCCGCUGUACGGCGAGAACACUCUACAGUUUUACAAUGAACGCGUGAUCAUCAUGAGUUCUAUCAUGGAGCACAUGUGUGCCGACGUCUUCCAGCAAACGGGUGCAACUCUGCGCCCCCCAGUGGAGGGCCAGGAGCCAAUCCCCUAUCGCAACCUGCUGCCUGCCAAAGACCCCAUCCACAUGGCCCUCAGCAAGCAUUUCCAGAUCGUCCUGCGCAAAGGCUGGGUGGACAGCCGGGCGCUGCAUCUGUUUGAGAGUCUUCUCAACAUGGGGGGGGUAUUCUGGUUCACCAACAACUUGGUCAAGGAGCUGCUGAAGGAGACUCGACAGGAGUGGGCCAAUCGGGUGGUGGAGCUACUGUACAGCAUCUUCUGCCUGGACUCUCAGCAGAUCACCCUCACCCUGCUGGGUACCAUUCUGCCUAACCUGCUGACAGACUCCGCCCACUGGCACCACCUGGCAGACCCCCCCGGAAAGGCGUUGGCCAAGUUGUGCGUGUGGUGUGCGCUCAGCUCUUACUCCUCUCACCACAAAGGCUCGUUCUCUGCUCGUCAGCGCAAAAGGCAGCGAGAAGAUAUUGAGGACUACAACAGCCUGUUUCCCUUGGAUGAUACUCAACCCUCUAAACUCAUGCGUCUGCUCAGCUCCAAUGAGGACGAGCCUGUAGCCCUGUCCAGUCCAGGAGACCGAUCUAUGAGCAGUUCCCUCUCUGCCUCCCAGCUCCACACUGUCAACAUGAGGGACCCUCUCAACCGAGUCCUGGCCAACCUUUUCCUCCUCAUUUCGUCUAUCGUGGGCUCCAAGAUGGCGGGACCUCACACCCAGUUUGUGCAGAGUUUUAUUGAGGAGUGUGUUGAGUGCUCGGAGCAGGGAAGUCGGGGAAGCAUCCUGCAGUUCAUGCCCUUCACGAUGGUUUCUGAGCUGGUGAAGCUACCUGCUCUGGCCAAACCAAAAGUUGUCCUGGCAAUCACUGACCUGACUCUGCCGCUGGGGAGGAGAGUAGCUGCCAAAGCCAUCUCUGCUCUGUAAACUGUGGGUUUAAAUUUAAACUGAGUACCCAGCUGACCCCCUGUUGGCCCAGUGGGUGGUGGGUGAAGUGCAGCCAACGAUUUAAAAAAAGCUCAGACUCGUGUUUUAUUGUCUGUUGAGAGCAGCACAGAACCUGGCUGGAUCGUCGAUUGUCUUUGUUGGAAAAUAACAUGUUUGUAACCUUGUCUCUGUAAACACAGUGUUUCUAUUGUUUUUUUUUUGUUGUUUCUCAUGCAAACAGGUAUGUAAAUACAUUUUAAAAUAAAUA